GCAGCACCAUGAGACUGUGGCUGAGAGGGCUGCUCCUCCAGACCUUGAGGAAUUCUCGAGGAUUCUCAGGGCCCUCGGGACAGCUGCCCCCUGCACCUGUCCCUCAUAAGAUUGUGGCCACGUGGGAAGCCAUCAGUCUGGGGAGACAGCCGGUGCCUGAGUACUUCAACUUUGCACAUGAUGUGUUGGACGUGUGGAGCCAGAUGGAAAAGGCUGGGUACCGACCUCCAAAUCCUGCAUUCUGGUGGGUUGAUGGCAUGGGAGCAGAGGUCAAGUGGAGUUUUGAGGAGCUGGGGAGGCAGUCUAGGAAGGCAGCCAAUGUUCUGGGGAACAUAUGUGGCUUGCAACCUGGGGACAGAAUGAUGCUGGUGCUCCCGCGGAUUCCAGAGUGGUGGCUGGUGAGCGUGGCAUGUAUGCGGACAGGGGUCGUCAUGAUCCCUGGGAUCUCUCAGAUGACAGAGAAGGACAUCAAGUACCGGUUGCAGGCAUCCAAGGCCAAGACCAUUAUCACUAGUGACUCCCUGGCUUCGCAGGUGGAUGCCAUUAGUGCCGACUGCCCUUCCCUCCAGACCAAGCUGUUGGUGUCAGACAGCACUCGGCCAGGCUGGAUGGACUUUAGGGAACUCCUCCGAAAAGCAUCCACAAAGCAUAAUUGCAUGAAGACCAAGAGUCGAGACCCACUGGCAAUCUACUUUACCAGUGGCACCAGCGGGGCCCCUAAGAUGGUUGAGCACUCCCAGUGCAGCUAUGGGCUGGGUUUUGUGGCCAGUGGAAGGCGGUGGGUGGCCUUGACAGAGUCAGACCUGUUCUGGAACACAACUGACACUGGCUGGGUGAAAGCAGCCUGGACCUUCUUCUCUGCCUGGCCCAAUGGGUCUUGCAUCUUUGUGCAUGAGUUGCCCCGUGUUGAUGCCAAAGUUAUCCUGAAUACUCUGUCUCAGUUUCCGAUCACUACCCUCUGCUGUGUCCCCACCCUCUUCCGGCUGCUUGUGCAGGAGGAUUUGACAAGGUACCAGUUUCAGAGUCUGAGACACUGCUUGACCGGAGGAGAGUUCCUCAAUCCUGAUGUGCGAGACAAGUGGAAGAGCCAGACAGGUCUGGAGCUGCAUGAAGGUUACGGCCAGUCGGAAACAGUUUUAAUCUGUGCCAAUCCAAAAGGCACGAAAAUCAAGUCUGGAUCCAUGGGAAAAGCAUCCCCACCUUAUGAUGUGCAGAUUGUGGACGACGAGGGCAAAGUCCUGCCUCCGGGACAAGAGGGGAAUGUUGCUGUUCGUAUCAGACCCAGCCGGCCCUUCUGUCUCUUCAACUGCUAUUUGGACAAUCCCGAGAAGACAGCCACCUCCGAAAAAGGGAACUUUUACAUCACAGGGGACCGAGCCCACAUGGAUGAGGAUGGCUACUUUUGGUUCAUGGGAAGAAAUGAUGAUGUGAUCAUUUCCUCAAGCUACCGGAUUGGGCCUGUGGAAGUGGAAAGUGCCCUUGCUGAGCACCCAGCUGUGCUGGAAUCUGCUGUGGUCAGCAGUCCAGACCCCAUAAGGGGGGAGGUGGUAAAGGCAUUUAUAGUCCUUUCUCCUGCCUAUUCCUCUUGUGAUCCAGAGGAACUAACCCGGGAACUCCAAGAGCACGUGAAAAGGAUGACUGCUCCAUAUAAAUAUCCCCGGAAGGUGGCCUUUGUUUCAGCUGCCAAAGACGGUUUCUGGAAAGAUCCAAAGGAGUAA